AUGACCUCAGACCACUCAGCGACCACCUCCCCCCUCUUCAGCGCCAUCGAAACCCGACAAAGCAUCUACGGCCUCUCCAAGUCCCUCCCCAUACCCAACGGCCGCGUCCAAGAUAUCGUGGCACACGCCAUCACGAACUGCCCUUCACCCUUCAACACGCAAUCAACCCGCGCCGUCAUCCUGUUUGGAGCCGAGCACGACAAACUAUGGAACUUUGCAGACGCCGCACUGAAGCAGAUGAUGCCCGAACAGGCCUAUCAAGCACUGGCCCCUCGCGUCGCGGGAUUCAAGGCCGCGUACGGCACCGUCAUGUGGUUCGAGGACAAGGCGGCCCUCGAUGGCAUGGCCGAGAAGAAUCCCGCUGUGGCGGGCAUGCUGCCGCAGUGGAGCGAGCAUUCUAGUGGCAUGCACCAGUUCUUUGUGUGGACAGCGCUCUCGGUCGAAGGUGUGGGCUGUAAUCUCCAGCACUACAACUUCAGCCCGGCGUUUGCGACGCAGGUGCUACAGGAGUGGAAGCUGCCCGCCACCUGGGACUUGAAGAGCCAGCUGGUGUUUGGGGCGCCGAAGAGCGGCACGUUUGAGCGCGAUGGACCUAGACCGAGAACUUAUCUGCCGGUGCAGGAGAGGUUGUUGCAGUUUGGCAACUAG